AAGAUUGAGGAAAAACACGAGAGAAACCAUAAUGUCUUUGGGAGAAAAAAAAAACUACAUUGGUCGCAAGUGGAAGUAAUCGAGGAACGCUUCCAGUCGACGACAGUUUAUGACGUUGAGCUCUAUUUUUUGGGUCCAUAUCAAUACUUUCUGAUGAAUUGCACGGACGUUUGCAAUGAAAUUGCUUAUUUCUCAAACCAAAAAGAAAGAGGACCCGCUAACGCCACAAUAGUAGCAGGCAUGUCAGAUCACGCGCGGUUUUGUGCAAUUAACGUUAGCUAGCUACUGUGUUUUCCUUUCGUGAACUGCUCUGUCUUGCCAGACACAUUUAGUAAUGUUAAUGUAUUAUUGCAGAAAUGUAACAGGAGUCGACUGUAGUUGCUAGCAAACGUUACAUAAAACCAGUCUUCCCAAAUAAUAGAAGAGGAGAGAGGACUUAAAUGUUACAUGUUGGGCAUUAGCUACAAGGUAACGUUGCAACUUGGCAAUAAUACUUAACGUUACCUAGCUUAGCUUUACUUGCUAGCGUACUAGUGUGGGUUCGCUACUUUGACAGCUCUCAUUACUCUAACACUUGCAAUAUUAGCUACUAACGUUACUACAGCGAACACCUUAGUUAACGUUAGUUAGCGUGCUGAAUUAUCUGGUAGGCAGUGCCGUUGAGCGUUAAACUGGUAAAGAACCUAGCCAUUUUAUUUGAAAUUUUUUUUUUUUGUACGAGCAUAUUUGCCCUAUUUUGCCACAAUGUUCAAGCUUUGUCUUCAGAUAGCUCUACGACCCACCAUCUCAACAAGAGCAGUGCUGGAAAGUGUCACGGUCAGAAAGGUUUUGAAGGUGUCCCACUUGCAAAGUUGUUGGAUGGGAACGCUCGGACGCAACGAGCCGCGGGAACCCCUAAACUCUCCAAAAAGAGCGAAAGAAUUCAUCUACAGCCUUCACCCCAAAGAAAGAACAUGCUUGCUGAAAGAACUGCAGAGCUUUGAAUCCAUAGCUAUAGCUCAAGGGACUCAAGAGGCUUCACCGCUUACUCAAGCUCAGAUCAAAUACGUGCUUCUACACAAUGCGAUCCCCUUUAUUGGUUUUGGCUUCCUGGACAAUGCCAUCAUGAUUGCAGCAGGAACCCAGAUUGAGUUGUCUAUAGGUGUCACCUUUGGAUUAUCGACCAUGGCAGCUGCAGCUCUUGGGAACCUAGUGUCAGACCUGGCUGGACUUGGUCUUGCCGGAUACGUGGAGGUCCUAGCCUCCAGGCUAGGGAUGCAGGUUCCUGACCUCACCCCCAAGCAGGCGGACAUGUGGCAGACCAGGGUUAGCUCCCACAUGGGAAAAGGCAUUGGAGUCACAAUCGGAUGCAUUCUCGGAAUGUUCCCCCUGUUAUUCCUAGGGGAUGAUGAGGAUGAGAGCAAGAAAAAAGAAGCACACACCAACACCACAGACUCUUAACAGCAUGCGAACCAGCUUUCUCGUUUCAGGGUCAAUUGCAAGCUGCAUCAUCAGCAUGAUUUUAAAUUCAUCUCUAACUCUGGAAAACCUUUCUUCUCUAUUUCAUAAUAUAAGACAUGUCAUUUAUCCAAAGCGACAUAGUCAUGGGUGCAUACAUUUUACAUACAGGUGGCCCGGUAAUCGAACCCACUGUGCUGGCGUUGCAAGCGCCAUGCUCCACCAACUGAUCUUCCAAAAGUUUAUUAUGAGCCAUUAGGCUUAUUACAAAGUAGUUGCAUUUGAUGGCAAGUUAUUUUCAUAGGAUGGAUUUUGUAGAUGAAUUUGCCUAGGAGUUGAAAAUGAGUUUGAGAUGACUUUAAACCAAUGUUAUAAGAUUGUGAAACAAAGGAACACGUGUCAACUGCUACCUCGAUGGCAUUUUAUUUUUGGGGGGAUUUGAAACGGCAAGAGUUGAACUAGCUUGUGCAAUAUAUAUUUUCAAUAUUUAUUUUUCUUUUGAUGAGGAAUUUCUGUACAGUAUAUUAUGCAUUGAACUUUAUUGAUUGUUUGUCAACAAGGAAAAAGCAAUUACGCUAUGAUUUGAAAAACUGGUCACAAAUGCUGUUAUUACCACUACCAACCCUGUUUUUCAGAUGCAUAAUUACAAACAUACCUCUACAUUGAGUGUGCGUAAUGCCUUGGGUUCCUAGCAUGUCAGUCUUAAGUUGCCUAUCUAUUAUUCUAACUGCUGAUCUGUCUCUUAGCUUUCACAUUUAUUUUAGCAAAGCCAAUUUUCACAGUCCAUACCAUAUAAGUGCCUCACUUUAUUGUCUUCACAUCACUCUAACCAAAUGUAUUUUUAUGACCUUUUUAAAAACCACUGAAGGGCUCCAGAUGGUAAUGGAACUGGGGUGAUGAAUCACUGGCAAGCAUCAAGUAAAAGGUCAAGAUAGCCUUUUUUGUAGGGUCCAUUUUCAUAGGAGGAGAUUCGUAGGAGAUUUUAUUUUGUGAAAUAUUAAACUUCAUGUUUGAAAGAACGUCAUUGUUAAUCUGCUGGAUUUUAAAGAAAUUAAGGAAACGAAGUGAGCUGAACAACAAAGAGUAAAACUGCGCACUCACUGUUUGUUAAAAUGCAAUUACAGCACCUAUUCCGUUGCCAAUAUGAUUGACUUUUUGUAGGAUAGUUACUGUUUGUUCACUGAUAGACAACCAUUUGCUUAUGGUGGCCUAAAUCACAUUUUUUCACAUUGAUGUAAUCAAACUAGUCCUUUAUUGUGUGAAAGGAUCUUCUUUGUUUUCUGUUUAUGAAUAUCGGUGUUUGUUUUUCCGUUUGCCUUUUCGUAUUACAGUAAAUGCAGUACUUAAACUGGAAUGCCCCUCACCAUGCUGCUGUAUUUCCUCAUGAACUGUAGUGAAUGUUCAUAAUGACCCUUAUUAUUUAAACUAUUACUGCCAAAUGCAUUUUUUUUGUCACCAAAGUACUUGGCUGUAAAAACUGCAUAUUUCAUCAUAACCGGACUGAUAAGAAAAUGGGCACCAAGGUGUAACAUAAAUGCUUUGAUGGUUUUGUUUGAAAGCAAUGGAGAUGUUCUGUUCUGGGUGAGUAGUAUUUCUGCAGUUUGAUCAUGAUCUCACUCCAUCCUUUUCUUUAGCGCUAAUAGAAGCCAUGCACUUGUUCCUCACCUCCUCUGCCCUCUGGUGGACGGAGACAAUUUUUAUUUGCCCCAACUCAUUCUCCCUAAUGCUUUUUCUCCUGGUGUACUCUGGUCUUGCUUGUUGCACCACUGUUGUGGGCUUGCUGGAGACUCCUGGUUACAUGUGCCCUUCAGCUGUUUUAGGCUCUCCAGCUCCAGAGACCCUUGAUCCACACGCUCUGUCCUUUUCUAUUUGGUGUUUGUCUAACACCACUCUAUUGGUCUCCUCUAUAGUCUCGGAAAUCCCAGACAUAUGUUGGAACAUGUUAAUGUGGAAAGUAAGCCAUCUUGCUAAGGGAUAUACCAUCUCAAGGAUGUAUUUUGCUCUUGCCAAUUUUCUCCUGCAAUCUUCAUGUCUCCAUCUCUUCUGUCUUUCGCCUUAACACUUUUUCUCUCACGAACAUGUACAUCAAGUUUCCCUCAAUCUCAUUUGGUGUUCUGUUCUCCAGUUUGAUUCCUGUGGUAUGGUUCUCUGUGUUUGUCUGUUUUGCAAUCUGUAUCUGAACCUCACUCCCCGUCAUUGCUUUCCAACUCUUCUCUCCUUUCUUGGCUAUUGGUCCACCAUGAUAGUGGUGUCCUCUCACCAUGAUAUCAAAGCACACCUCCAUCGUCCUAUUCUGUUUUCUCUUUGUCACCAUUAACGACAUGCUAGAAAGUCUGGCAUGGUAAUAAGAACUAUUCAUUUAAACAUACAUGGACUUAUCUAAUGCUCAUCCCCACUCCCAUGUAAACGACAGGCACAUAAAAUGUAUCUAUGCUGCCAUGUUUACAUUUUAAAAUGUAUACUUAUGCCAACAGAAAUAGAGAAAAUACUUUGUGUAAAAAUACUGUUUGAUCGCUCUUGUAUUUUGCAAUGAUUUAAUAAACCGAUUGGAACUAUUUCACCGUU